AUGAUUGAGCAGUUGAGCAAGUCUCGGGGAAAGGACCCUGAGGAUAUUGUCUAUCAUCUCCGCAUCGCAACUCUUCUCAAUUCGCUGAUUGUCAUGGGCGGCUCUCAGGUCGUCUUGGAGCCAGGAGACUUUCCUCACACCGUUGGCGAGUACAACUUUCUAGUAGUAUGGCGUCUCUGUCUUCCGGAGUGGCUCUUUGGAUGGCUCAAGUACAGUCCAUUCCGUGAGGCCUCUUUGCGUGUCAAGUCGAGUGAUGCCUUGUUCGAUCUUGGCCGCGAAGUCAUCGAGGCGGCUGAGAAUGGCAAAGGCAGCGACGAAAUACCAACUAUUUAUGACCUUCUCGUCGAGAGUAUGACCAAGGGUCCUUUCGGAAAGAACAAGACUGAGCUCAGUGCUGAGAUGGCGGGCCAAGUGCUUGCCGCCACCGAGACAACAUCGUCAGCACUCGCAUUCAUCUUUUACUAUCUCGCCCAGGACCCCUUCACUAUCGAGACUAUCUACCGGGAGCUCCAGACAGUAGAUGGCUAUGAAAAGCUGGACACCCUCAAGAUGCUAAACGCAUGCAUCACAGAGGGUCUACGUUUCCGCCCACCAGUCGCGCUCACUGGUAGCCGCGUGUCACCAAAGGGUGGCGUUAAUAUCCUGGGUUAUUAUAUCCCAGAGGGCACAGUCAUAACAACGCAGUCUCUCUCCAUCAGCCGCCAGCGGCCUGACUUGUUCCCUAACUUUGACGAAUUCGAUCCCUCACGCUGGUUGGAGGAGGACUCUGCGGUCAAUACCGAGCGACGACGCUGCCUCGCGCCUUUUGGCAUUGGCGCUCGUCGCUGUCCAGGAAGCAACAUGGCUAUUUUCCAGAUGCGCAUGCUCCUUGCUGCUGUCAUACGUGGUUUUCGUCUGUCUGUGGCCCCUAUGACUACACCUUUAUCCAUGGCCCCGUUCGAGGCUAACGGGUUUCGCUCUCGGUAUGAUAAGUGUGAGCUUGUUUUCACACCUCGAGACCUCGAUCCACAACCUGGACCAAGGGGAUGUGAAUGUGGUCCUACCUGUGAAUGCGUGGAAUGUCAUUGCGUGCACUACGCGGUGCAUUAG